GCAUUACGUUCGCCAGUCCGCGAGUUGGCACGACGGUAGUGCGUUCGACGCUUUUGACGCGCUCGAUAACGCUCGGUAUCUUUUUUUUCCUUUUCUUUAAUUUUUUUUUAAUUACAUUUUCGCCCGAAACAACAUUCGGUUUGUCGAACAUAAAAUUAGCACUUGCAAUUUCGGAGAGGCUGAAGAGGUUUUCGUAUUUGAAUUUUUUCGCGACGCGUCAAGAUCCUACAGAAUCGCUGAUAUCCCGUCGUGCCGAUCCUUUCGACUCCCUUCGUUCUUCCUUGUCCCGUAGUCGCCUGAAAGUUGAGAGAACAGUCAAGAACGGUGAGCAGCCAGAAAAAGAGGGAGAGAUAGAGACAGAAGAAGAAGGAAAGAAGGCUACUUUCGCUUACGUCGAAGUGUCACGAAGAUUGUAGUGUGUGUUACGGUUUUUGGACCAACGUUGACCAAUUCGUACGCGAUCUUCCGAUAAAAAGAUCGCCGAGGGAGUGAUAGACUUCGUUCCAGAUUUCCAAAGUAGACCUCAGGAUAGCUCUCUGGCAUCAUGUCGAUUAUAAUGCAAUACAUAGACCGGUUCCAUGAUAUGUUGGAUAAACAUGCAGAUACAAGGACGACUGAUUGGUUGCUGAUGAGUUCACCUUUUCCCACGCUGUUCAUUUGCAUUACUUAUGUCUACGUUGUCAAAACAUUGGGUCCGAAGCUUAUGGAGAACCGAAAACCUUUCCAGCUUAAGAAUACUCUGGUAGUCUACAACCUGUUUCAAGUGAUCUUCUCCGCGUGGCUGUUUUAUGAGUGUCUGAUGGGCGGAUGGUGGGACCAGUAUAGUUUUCGCUGUCAACCGGUGGAUUAUUCUAACAGCCCCACCGCGAUAAGGAUAGGGAUAUCCGGCUGGCUGACUGGAGACUAUUCUCUAAGGUGUCAACCUGUAGACUACAGCGACAGACCUGAAGUACUAAGGAUGGUCUACGCAAGCUGGUGGUAUUACUUCUCGAAAUUUACCGAAUUCAUGGACACGAUUUUCUUUGUGCUGAGAAAGAAAAACAAUCAUGUGUCUACAUUGCAUGUGAUUCAUCAUGGUUGUAUGCCUAUGUCGGUAUGGUUUGGUGUCAAGUUUACACCCGGUGGCCACUCGACUUUCUUCGGUUUAUUAAACACUUUUGUCCACAUCGUGAUGUAUACGUAUUAUCUUCUGGCGGCGAUGGGUCCAAAGGUACAACCAUACCUGUGGUGGAAGAAGUAUCUGACUGCAUUCCAGAUGCUACAGUUCAUCGCCAUCAUGGUUCACGCCUUCCAAUUGCUCUUCAUCGAGUGCAACUAUCCGAAGGCGUUUGUCUGGUGGAUCGGUCUGCACGCCGUCAUGUUUCUCUUCCUAUUCAAAGAGUUCUACCAACAGAGCUAUCAGCAAAAGAGGCCUGGCAAAUCGAAUAUGGUGAUAAACGGCAUCGCCAAGGAUGAUCAAUCGAAGGAUAAAUACGCGAAUGGCGUCGCUAACGGCGUUUCCAAUGGCAUCUCCAAUGGCAUCGUCAAUGGCGGGGCAAAUGGCGUUGCGAAUGGCAAUAUCGCUAACGGCGUUGCCAACGGUUCCUCACCUAGAAGGAGGGAUGCUGCCGACUAUUAUGUGAAAGGCGAAAGCUUAGCGACCGAGCUCAGCCUCCGAAAAUCGUUCGCGAAUGUCGAGUGACUUUCGAGCGAACGCUUAGCCUAGUCGAUCUUCUCUCGCCACGCGACGCCGUGUUUUUCCGCGGAAUUAUCGAAAGAUCCAACGGGCUUUCUUUUAUCUCUUCCUUUCUUUCUCUCCUUUUCUUUUUCUUUAUCCUUAAUCUGCCAAUAUUAUUAUAUAUUAUGCGAAGGAUCGAAGGACUCAUCGAGAUCGACGCAUCUUUAUGUAAAAAAAAAAAGUACAAAAUUGCGUCGCACGCUUUCGGCUCGCGGUAUACAAACAUUGAUAUUUACGAACGCGUGGCAACUCUCUAGCUAAUUUUAGCUAAAAUCGCACGCAAUCGUAAUUCCGUAACUGUUGCAAAAGGACGCUCGGACGGAUCGUAUCUUCAUGCUCCUAUGAGUAUAAGAAACGAACGGUUUUUUUUUUAAUGACGGUAUCAAAAUGCGAAAUGUUGAGCAAAGCAAAUGAAUAAACCUGCGAUUUGAACCCACACAGCAUGCAUAUCCAAAAGAUGUCCAGAAGGUAUCCAGAAAAUAUCUUUGGGCGAUUAGACAUUUUCAGGAUGUCCUGUCUUUUGGACAUAGAAUGCUAUAUGGAAAAAAGCUUUGAUGAUAAUAUACGUUAUUCUCGAGUAAAUGAUUCGGUAUUGAUAAUUAACUAAUGUUCACGAGCAUUGGAAAAAAAGAGAGUUGUUUAUUUAAAAAAUAAAUAUAAAUUUAAUUACACGAAAGAUCUUCGUAAUCUUUGCAUAUUCGGAAUAAAUUGAUUUUUUAUGAACAAAGUGAUGACGCUUAUUCGGAACAAAUUGAUUUUUUAUGAACAAAGUGAUGACGCUUAUUCGGAACAGAUUGAUUUUUUAUGAAUAAAGUAAUGACAAUUGAUUUUGUUUUGAACAAAGUAAUCUUUUAUCUUUCUGGGAAUCACGGUAGUUAUAAAUCGGUCAAUAAAUCAUUGCAUUGACAUUUCUUAUCCGUCGUUUUCGCAAUAGGAAAUACUUAAUGAUCAUUUUUGCGGAAUGCAAUAUCGGAAAGUGCAUUCCUUCUAGCUUGAUAAAAAUAAAUUCUGACAUAAUAGAAGAAAUUACAUGAAUAACGGUAAAUUACAAUAGUUAUAUUUUGACGUAGUAUGUUAAAUAUUUUUUUUCAUUUACAUUUCGAUUGCGUAGAGACACGCGUAGAAUUUGCGCACGUUUUGUCGAAAAAGUCUAAUGAUCUUAAUCGAGUCGGAUGAGACGAGUGGAUUUUAAUGUAAGAUUUUUCGACUUUAUCAGUACAAAAGGACCGCUAUAGAUCGGAGUGCGAGAAAUAUACGUUGUGAUAAAAGUCGUUGAACAUCCGAUUUUAUUCGUUACAAUUUUACGGUAAUGCUAUGUGCAUUAUUGUCUUGUCAAAGUUAUUAAACUCUUACUCUCUUUCUUUCUCUCGCUAUUACGUAAAUUCUAAAAAUUUUACUUUUUAUAUAUUACACACAAUAGUUAUAGUAUAUUCAUAAUUCAAGAUAUGAUUGAAUAAAAUUUAAUAUUGAAAUUUUAUACUUUAUAUAAUAUUAUGAAUUAAUUUCUUUUUAAUUAAAACGAUUCAUAAUGAAUUAAUCUAAAUUUAUUCAAUCGAAUCAUAAAUCCUCAAAAAUAUGAACGUUAGAGUUAAAUAGGAGUAGGGAUAUGAUCGCGUCGACACGAGCGUAUCUUGAAGACAGGCGUGCUUUUGCUCAAUAUUUAAAGCCCAAAAACAUCGGUUCGAAAUAUCAGUAACCGACUUCUGUGAUCGUGUACGUCGACUCGCGAGAGAGACUCGACCCUUUUUUUUUCUUUUUCCUUCUUCGUGCGCCCAGUAGUCGACGUCCGGUUCUGGUAUCGCGACGCCUAUCGCGGAUCAUUCGUCAUCUCGGUUGUCACUAUUUAACGCGUGUGAAUACGCGAAGCGUUAGAUUUUCCUGCUACGAUCGUUAAUUCUUCGACUUAUGUAUUGAGAAUCUCUUCAGGAGAAUAAGACGAACUCUUAGAAUAAGAUUACAAUCGAUAAAUCGUUAAAUUAUAUAAAAAAUGAAUAUGAAAUUAAAAAAAAUAUAAAUAUUUCUUUUGCAAUGUUGAAUAAAUCUCUCAAAGAUUGGAUAUGAUUGAAAACGGGUGAAAAAUUAUCGGUUCUUUUAAGCCCUCCUAAAUAGAAGUCGAAGAAUGAACACAAUCGAAAUGGCAGGCAUUUCUUGUUCGCUUCGCGCAUUUCAUAUAUAAUACAUCUUGUACAUAUAGGUAAGUUAGUUUUAUAUUAUAUUAAAAGAGAAGUUCGAGGUGCAACGAUCGCCAAGCUACACUUCGUGCUAUCGAAAUAAAAAAAAUCGAAUUGAGGGGUCAAAGUGCUAAUUUAUAUAAAUCCACAUGCGCGUAUGUAUAAGAAGCGAAAACUGUAUAAAAUCGCAAUAGGAUAGAAUUAUAGAGUUGCGGCUACGUACAUAAGAAAAAAAAAACAAAAACGUGUCAAAGAAAUGACUUGAGGUUUCGAUUCUUCUUAAACCUCCAGUCUGAUUACUGCCCUUUCUUCGAAUCUUAUAAUUUGAAUAAUAUAGAUGUGUAUAAUUGAAGAGCUUAUUUUUAUAUACAAAGCCUUGAUUUAUUAUAUUUUCUUCCCUUUCAUAAACAAAUAGAAAUGUAUCACUUACUAAACAGAUUUUAUAUCAUUUAUUAUCAAAAGAUUAAUUCCUUUGUUAUCUAAAUUGAUAGUAAGCUCUUCGAUUGCGAUCUAUUUGCAAUAAUUUUUUACAUAUACUGUACGUGAGCGUCCAUGCGACUGUCUAAAUUUGCCGUUUUUAAAGUUUGUAAAAUACCAUCGUUGAAUUCUUUUAUAUUAAAUAUCGGCCGUAAAAUGAUCGCUGUAGCGAUAAUGGAUAUUAAAUACAUAUGCAUGGUACAAAAAAAAAUAUACGUGAACAAUCCAACGAAUUCUCUCCCACUCGGCCGAGAGCUUGAAGUUGUUUUGUUGCAAGUGCUCGUCGAGAUGGGAUACGUCGAAAGCGAUUUAUGGGCCAAUCUCAUGAGAGAGUGAUCUGUGACAAUUCCAAGUGCUCUUACAUUGAGAGAACUUUUACAUUUUAUUGUAACAAAAAUUAAUCGCACAAUUGGUUAAUUACAUGUAUUACAUGAUGUAUUUUUGUGAAAAAUAUAAGUCUAUUUACUAUUCCUGUAUCCUGUA